UUUGGUUACAAGAAAAGCCAUGUAAAUUAGAAAUAGUUGCUGAUUAUAUGGAUAUAUUACGAGUUUGUGGUGUGCAGGAGAUCAUCAGGGAUUGCAUCACCCAUGUGCCAAAUGGGAGGAAGCCGCCCAUAAGACAUGGCAUAAUAUGGGGCACGCUAUGCAUGUCAAGAGCUUUGAUUAAUUACAUAUUUAUAAAAGCUGACUUGUGCUGUAUCUUAAUCCUCUUCCGCCAUUCACAUUCAUUUUUCUUCAUUUAUAUUGCAAUUUCUUGAUAAACAAGUCUCGGCAAUUGCAUGUGCAUUAGCUAUGCAUGUUCCCUCCAGGCAACUAUAAAAAAACAUACAGGUAGCCGUCCCUAAAUAGCGUUUAUAAAUAACCGAGGAACUCGGCCAUCUUCAGCAUCAAAGCAAAGCAAAGCAAAGCAAAGCAGUUGCUUCUUUUCGAGAGAUAAGAGCUAGAGAAAUGGAACACCGGCCGAUCAAUGCAUUCACUACUUUUAUCUUGCUUCUUGGGGUAUUCACCACAAAAUUCACAGUAGCAUUGGCUGCUUGGCUGCAAGCCCAUGCAACUUUCUACGGCGGAAGCGAUGCUUCAGGAACCAUGGGGGGUGCGUGUGGUUAUGGAAACCUCUACACAGACGGUUAUGGCAAAGAGACUGCAGCUCUGAGCACGGCUUUGUUCAACGAUGGCAAGUCAUGCGGUGGUUGCUAUCAGAUUGUCUGUGACGCAAGCAAGGUGCCCCAGUGGUGCCUCAAGGGCACCUCCAUUACCAUCACUGCCACCAACCUUUGUCCUCCGAACAACGACCUACCCAGUGACAAUGGCGGCUGGUGCAAUCCUCCCCUCCCACACUUUGACAUGUCCCAGCCUGCAUUUGAGACAAUUGCCAAAUACAAAGCCGGAAUUGUUCCUAUUUUAUAUCAGAAAGUCGGAUGCAAGAAGAGUGGAGGCAUUAGGUUUACCAUCAACGGGAGAGAUUACUUCGAACUGGUUCUCAUAUCCAACGUCGGAGGAGUUGGAGAUAUCUCUAAUGUUUGGAUCAAAGGGUCGAAAUCAAGUACAUGGGAAACCAUGACAAGAAACUGGGGUGUGAAUUGGCAAAGCCAUACCUAUCUCAACGGUCAGAGCUUGUCCUUAAGAGUCCAAACCAGCGAUGGACAAACACGCACAGCUCUGAACGUGGUGCCUUCCAAUUGGAAGUUUGGCCAGUCCUUCUCCAGCAACGUUCAAUUCUAGAUGGUGAUUCAAUAUAUAUACAUGCAACGUGUAUAUAUACACACACACGAUAUGUUUUACUUUUCUCCGUUAUUUUCUCACUAAAUGUGAGAUUGUUUUUCUUUGUUCUUUUUUUAAAUUAUUUUCAGGGUCGUGGCUCAGUGUUUUGCUGUGUAGCCCACCAAGUUUGGUAGACUCUAUAUACAUAUAAUAUUGUAAGCAGGAAAAGGCGACGCGGAUAUGCUCGUUUGACAUUAUAAAUAAAUAUAUUUAGGGCAGGUUUGGGCCAAAACCAAAACACAAAAUUCUCAUCUCAUCUCAUCUCAUCAUUACACAUUUUUCAAAUCCCCAUACAAAAUAUAAUAAAUAAUUCAACUUUUUCAAAUCUCAAUACACAUUUUUCAAAUUCUAAAAUAAUAAUAAUAUUAAAACUUAAUAUUUUAAACUUCAAAACAAAACACAAAAUUCUCAUCUCACCCCCCAAACCUACCCUUAAUCCAUAUAUUAUACAA